GAGGUUAUUGUUCUAAUUCCAGGAAGCAGAUCAUGGGGGGGCUGCAUGCACAAUUGUUUUUUGAGCUUUUACUGAUAAUUUCAGCGAUACAUCUUUCACUCAGUGAUGACCACAGAUACUACGCUUCUGAGGGCAGAUCAGUGAGCUUGCCCUGCGGGGGAGUGGAGUCGUCUGCAGGCAGUGUGGUUGAGUGGGUGCAGACCCAGAUAGGACAUGUAACUCCAAACACCAUUCUGACUAGACACCCGGACGGCAGAGUCAGCAAAGGAAUUAAAGACACUGGGGGUCGAUUCGAGCUCCAGACUGACUCCUCAUUGACGAUACACAGAGCGGUGCCUGAAGAUGCUGGAAGUUACCAAUGCAAUGGCAACCGGGCUUCAGAGCUGCUAUUCCUGACUGUGUUUUCAGACCCUAAGGAUCCGAUGCCUGGAGAAUUGGUAAUCGUGACUUGUGAAUUAAAAUGUGCAGUGAACUGUGGGUCCUACACCUUGAGGAUGAAUGCAGAGGACCAGAGCCAUACAUCCCAGGAUGCACCACUGCAGAUGGUGCUUCAUGUGAACAAGUCUGAUGACGGAGAAAUAUUCCGAUGCAGACUGGAUGAAGGAGGGCGAGUAAGAGCAGAAGCUUCAUUUCAAUUGCAAGUUAAAGAAGAUCAUUCUGCUAGAACAAAAGUGAUUGGGACGGAUGCAGCACAUGCAGGGGCAGGUCAUUUGAACUUAUCUCUGGUGUUUACCCUUCUUGCCGCUGCUGUGGUGAUGCUGUUUGAGUAAACCAUAAAGGACCAAGAUCAUGUGCAGGUUGCAGAAUGACAUGAUAUCGCGAAAAUGUCUACCAGAAGCCUUAAUAGUAAUACAGUAUUUCAUGUUAGAUUUCAAAAUGUCAUUUUUUUUUUUUUUUUCUCUAAUUGGUCAGUUUUUCAUUAUAUGGAAAACUACAAAGCGGUAUGUAAUUCAAUAUGUUAACGUAACAUUGUUCAGCAGGUUUCAUUCGACUUUAUGGAGCAAAAUUAGUUCAUUCUAUAGGGUGAUGCAAAACGUUCGGCCAUAGCUGUUCACGUUUCUUUCCUUUCCCAGUUUCUUAGAUGUUAAAUUUCACCUGGUAUUCUGUGCAUUUAUAACGAUGUGUAAAGCGCUUCCAACAGUGAUUGUAGCUUUACAGAAUAUUUUCACAAAUCUUGCCUGUUUUGCACAUAGCUCUCAAAUACAGUUUUGAAAGAAAAACAUUAUGGAAAACAUGUAUUUACAUUUUAAACUAUGCUAUUGGGUACCGCAAACAAAAAAACAAAACAGUUCUCUCUCGCCUUACUCACGAGAAAUCUGUUACACGUGCACUUCCUAGGUUAAUUCAGUUCAUGUGUCUGGUGGGUCAGAGCAUGUGACUGAAUGAAAGCAAGACUAAACGGGAAGCAGCUGGAUUGCUAAAGAGAGGAAAGAAACCGUUGAAAGGGUGGGGGCAAUUUCACUCUCCAAAUUGCAGCACUAUCUGUAAUCAUUCAUUUAACCUAGUAUAGGACCAGAAAUACUGUUUUAAAAUGUAAAUACAUGUGUAACUUUCAAAAUUGUAGAGAGUACGAAGAACAUGUAACAUCUAGGACAUUAUUUUGCUAACUACAACCACUUUUUAGUUUUAAUUAUUUUAGAUUUAUACCUCAUUAGAUUAAAUCUGAGGAUUAUAUUAUUAUACAUUCUUGGCUCAAAUUCCCCACACCGCUAUCGUACAAUUUUGGCUUGGUAACCAAACCACCUCAUUUUCCUUUUUAACAACUGAAUAAAGUGCAUGGAAGUUUGCAAAGUUUCCUUGAUCGAUUUGAAUCUCAUUUUAUAAGCAAAAGCUUUAAUUUAAUAAGCAAACCAAAAAAAUCUGUCUUCAUUUAGACCCCAUUCAAAUAUACACACAGCAAGUUUAAUCCGUUACAGUACUUUGUAUUUGCAAAUAUACUAACAGUCAUUAUCCAAAUCUAACUAUCCUUUCGCAACUUUAUAGACACGCUUCGCUUGGCCCUCUUGACCACCUCUUCCUUGUUUUACUAAACUGCAGGUCAGGAUCACACUGUAAAACAGCUCUUUGGGCACGCAAGCUGCAUGCAUAUAGAUGUAAUAUUGUUUUCCCUGUAUAAUGAAUACAUUAACAAAUAAAACUGUGUUUGCCCCCUGCUGGCUAUGCCACUGCAA